CGGGGGUGUGGGGAACGAUUGCCGCUGCAGCCGCCGCCCCACUCACCUCCGGUGUGUCUGCAGCCCGGACACUAAGGGAGAUGGAUGAAUGGGUGGGGAGGAUGCGGCGCACGUGGCCCCGGGCGGCUCGGCGGUCAGCUGCCGCCCCCACAGCGGACCGGUCGGGGCGGGGGUCGGGCGGUAGAAAAAGGGGCCGCGAGGCGAGCGGGGCACUGGGCGGACCGCGGCGGCAGCAUGAGCGGCGCAGACCAGAGCCCCGCUGCGGGCGCAGCCCCUGACUCGGCCCCGGGCCAGGCGGCGGUGGCUUCGGCCUACCAGCGCUUCGAGCCGCGCGCCUACCUCCGCAACAACUACGCGCCCCCUCGCGGGGACCUGUGCAACCCGAACGGCGUCGGGCCGUGGAAGCUGCGCUGCUUGGCGCAGACCUUCGCCACCGGUGAAGUGUCCGGACGCACCCUCAUCGACAUUGGUUCAGGCCCCACCGUGUACCAGCUGCUCAGCGCCUGCAGCCACUUUGAAGACAUCACCAUGACAGAUUUCCUGGAGGUCAACCGCCAGGAGCUGGGGCGCUGGCUGCAGGAGGAGCCGGGGGCCUUCAACUGGAGCAUGUACAGCCAACAUGCCUGCCUCAUUGAGGGCAAGGGGGAAUGCUGGCAGGAUAAGGAGCGCCAGCUGCGAGCCAGGGUGAAACGGGUCCUGCCCAUCGACGUGCACCAGCCCCAGCCCCUGGGUGCUGGGAGCCCAGCUCCCCUGCCUGCUGACGCCCUGGUCUCUGCCUUCUGCUUGGAGGCUGUGAGCCCAGAUCUUGCCAGCUUUCAGCGGGCCCUGGACCACAUCACCACGCUGCUGAGGCCUGGGGGGCACCUCCUCCUCAUCGGGGCCCUGGAGGAGUCGUGGUACCUGGCUGGGGAGGCCAGGCUGACGGUGGUGCCAGUGUCUGAGGAGGAGGUGAGGGAGGCCCUAGUGCGUAGUGGCUACAAGGUCCGGGACCUCCGCACCUAUAUCAUGCCUGCCCACCUUCAGACAGGCGUAGAUGAUGUCAAGGGCGUCUUCUUCGCCUGGGCUCAGAAGGUUGGGCUGUGAGGGCUGUACCUGGUGCCCUGUGGCCCCCACCCACCUGGAUUCCCUGUUCUUUGAAGUGGCACCUAAUAAAGAAAUAAUACCCUGCC